AUGGAGGCGCCUCAAAAAGAGUCCAACUCCAACUACUCGAGUGUGAAAGAUGCAGACAGUGUCUUACAACAAACCCCCGACAUUGAAAAGCUACCAACCAAUCCUGAGACAACACCACCUACCACAGACCAAUACCCCGAGACAGAUCUGAGCCGUGGAAUAGUCGGAUGGGACGGACAAGAUGAUCCCAACAACCCGCAGAACUUUUCAGAUGGCAAGAAAUGGGCCCUGCUCACACUUAUCAGUGCCAUGACGCUGGUCUCGCCCCUAGCCUCGAGUAUGUUUUCCCCAGCCAUUACAUUCAUGGCAGCAGAGUUCAAAGAGACCAAUGAGACGAUACUCUCAUUUAGUGUUAGCAUCUACCUCCUCGGUUAUACAUUUGGCCCUCUUCUUUUGGCCCCGCUUAGUGAAGUCUAUGGCCGCCGUGUCGUUCUCAGUGGCGCAAACUGGUUCUUCGUCGUCUGGCAGAUUGGCUGCGCUCUCGCUCAAAACAUCGAAACCCUGAUUGUGUGCCGUCUCUUCGCUGGAAUUGGUGGUUCGGGCUGUCUCACCCUCGGGGCUGGAGUAAUUGCAGAUCUAUUUCCCCGCGAAAAGCGUGGAAUGGCAACUUCAAUCUGGGCCAUGGGACCUCUGAUUGGCCCUGUCGUUGGUCCGAUUGCAGGUGGAUUCCUUGGAGAGGAAGUUGGCUGGCGAUGGGUGUUCUGGCUGUUGCUCAUUGCUGGAGGUGUCCUGUCCUUCGGCGUGGAGCUCUUAAAUAAGGAGACAUAUGCUUCUGUUCUUAUUCGAUGGAAAAAGGACAAACUUGCCAAGGAGCUCGGUCGCACUGAUUUACGCAGCGCCUAUGAUCUCGAUGAAGAACCUGCCCCUGUGACGGAGGUUCUGCUGCGGAGCUUCAAGAGACCCAUUUUGCUGUUUUGCAAAUCGCCAAUUGUCUUCCUGCUGUCGACAUACAUGUCUUUCGUGUAUGGUCUUUUGUACCUCUUUUUCACAACCAUUUCCGAUGUUUUUACCAGCACUUACGGUUGGUCAGUCGGACUAUCUGGGCUUGCAUACCUUGGUAUCGGACUCGGCUUUUUCAGCGGCUUGCUGAUAAUUGCCCUUACGAACGACAAAGUCGUGAUGAGACUGACCGCUCAGAAUGGCGGGAAAUUCGAACCAGAGAUGCGUCUGCCAAUGAUGACAUUCUUUGCCUGCAUAUUGCCGGUCAGCUUCUUCUGGUAUGGAUGGACCGCUGACAAGCACGUCUUUUGGAUCGUGCCUAUUAUUGGCAUGAUGCCGUUUGGAGUCGGUAUGAUGGGUGUUUAUAUGCCGAUCCAGACUUAUGUGAUUGAUUGUUAUCCUGCAUAUGCGGCAUCAGCUAAUGCUACCCUCACGGCGACCAGAUCGCUUGUUGGUGCGAUGCUGCCGCUUGCUGGUCCUGCGAUGUUUGAUGCUCUUGGGCUGGGAUGGGGAAACUCGCUGCUUGGGUUUGUUGCCUUGGCUUUUAUACCUGUGCCGAUUAUCUUUACCAAGUAUGGAAAGAAUAUUCGAGAGAGAUGGCCUGUUAAUCUUGAUGGAAAGAAGUCUUGA